AGUCACUUCGCAGGCUUCACCCUUAUUCUUUUCGAUAUAAAGUCGAAUCAUGAGCGAGGAGCUCGAUAAACCUUUACUGAAUCCCGAGAAUUUCAACCGGGAAGGGAUCGAUUUGGAACGCUUACCUUUACAUGAAGUUUUUGAGCAACUGAGAACAUCCCAAGGAGGACUUACAUCUGAAGAUGCUGAAGUUAGAGUACAUAUAUUUGGUCCAAAUAAGCUCGAGGAGAAGCCGGAAAACAAGUUUCUGAAGUUUCUCAGCUUUAUGUGGAAUCCAUUAUCAUGGGUUAUGGAAGCUGCUGCAGUGAUGGCGAUUGCCCUUGCCAAUGGUGGUGGCCAAGGUCCUGACUGGCAGGACUUUGUAGGGAUCAUAUGCCUUUUGCUUAUCAACUCAACAAUCAGUUUCAUCGAGGAAAACAAUGCCGGAAAUGCAGCAGCCGCGCUUAUGGCUCGUCUCGCUCCAAAAACAAAGGUUCUCAGGGAUGGGCAAUGGCAAGAGAAAGAUGCUGAGGUUUUAGUACCAGGAGAUAUAAUUAGCAUAAAACUCGGGGAUAUCAUCCCUGCAGAUGCUCGCCUUCUCGAAGGUGAUCCGCUUAAAAUUGAUCAGUCUGCUCUUACCGGAGAAUCCCUUCCGGUCACCAAGAGGACAGGGGAUGAAGUGUUUUCGGGUUCAACUUGUAAGCAUGGUGAGAUUGAGGCUGUGGUUAUAGCUACCGGAGUUCACUCUUUCUUCGGAAAAGCAGCACACUUAGUCGACUCCACUGAAGUCGUCGGACACUUUCAGCAGGUACUCACCGCCAUUGGGAAUUUCUGCAUCUGCUCUAUUGCUGUGGGGAUGAUUCUCGAAAUCAUCGUCAUGUUCCCGAUACAGCAACGAUCGUACAGAGAUGGAAUCAACAACCUUCUGGUUCUAUUGAUUGGAGGAAUUCCUAUAGCUAUGCCAACUGUAUUAUCUGUUACUCUGGCUAUUGGUUCUCAUCGACUCUCUCAACAGGGUGCCAUCACUAAAAGGAUGACUGCAAUUGAAGAAAUGGCUGGAAUGGAUGUUCUAUGCAGUGACAAAACUGGAACUCUAACCCUGAAUCGCUUAACUGUUGAUCGAAACCUUGUCGAGGUUUUUAGCAACGAUAUGGACAAAGACAAGAUUGUUCUGCUUGCAGCAAGAGCCUCGAGACUCGAAAAUCAGGAUGCCAUAGAUGCCGCCAUCAUUAACAUGCUUGCAGACCCGAAGGAGGCUCGUGCAAACAUCAAAGAAGUUCACUUUCUGCCAUUCAAUCCCGUGGACAAACGUACUGCAAUUACGUACAUCGACUCCGACGGAAAUUGGUACCGCUCCAGCAAAGGAGCUCCCGAACAGAUUCUAAGUCUUUGUGAAGAGAAACACGAGAUUGCUGGAAAAGUUCAUGCUAUAAUUGACAGAUUUGCCGAGAGGGGCUUGCGGUCUCUUGCAGUCGCUUUUCAGGAAGUACCAGAAAGAACCAAGGAGAGUCCAGGAGGUCCCUGGACAUUUUGUGGGUUGUUGCCUUUAUUCGAUCCUCCGAGACAUGAUAGUGCCGAGACCAUUCGUCGAGCCUUAAACCUCGGAGUAUGUGUAAAAAUGAUUACAGGUGAUCAGUUGGCUAUUGCGAAGGAGACCGGAAGAAGACUGGGUAUGGGGACAAACAUGUAUCCUUCUUCAUCGUUGUUGGGUCGCGAAAAAGAUGAGAACGAAGCUCUUCCAACGGAUGAACUCAUCGAAAAGGCAGAUGGCUUUGCUGGAGUAUUCCCAGAACACAAGUACGAAAUCGUAAAGAUUUUACAAGAAAAGAAGCAUGUGGUGGGGAUGACCGGAGAUGGCGUCAAUGAUGCUCCCGCUUUGAAGAAAGCAGACAUCGGAAUAGCAGUGGCGGAUGCUACAGAUGCUGCAAGGAGUGCUUCAGAUAUCGUCUUGACCGAGCCUGGCUUAAGUGUGAUAGUCAGUGCUGUGUUAACAAGCAGAGCUAUAUUCCAAAGGAUGAAAAACUAUACGAUAUAUGCUGUGUCGAUAACUAUUCGAAUUGUGCUUGGUUUUGUGCUUCUAGCUCUGAUAUGGGAAUAUGACUUCCCACCUUUCAUGGUUUUAAAGCCGUCUCCGAGUCCUGACAGUUGGAAGCUUAAUGAGAUAUUCGCAACCGGCAUCGUCAUUGGAACCUAUCUUGCUUUGGUUACUGUCCUCUUUUACUGGAUUGUAGUUGAUACUGAUUUCUUUGAGACUCACUUCAAUGUAAAGUCUAUAUCCGGCGAUACGCAGCAAAUUUCCUCAGCAGUAUAUCUUCAAGUUAGCAUCAUUAGCCAGGCUCUCAUCUUCGUUACUCGGAGUCGAAGUUGGUCAUUCGUCGAGAGGCCUGGUGCUCUCUUGAUGUGUGCAUUUGUGGUGGCUCAACUGGUGGCUACCUUAAUAGCAGUGUAUGCACAUAUUAGCUUUGCUUAUAUCAGUGGCAUUGGAUGGGGAUGGGCUGGUGUUAUAUGGUUAUACAGUUUAGUUUUCUAUGUUCCACUCGAUAUCAUCAAGUUCUUCGUCCGCUACUCGUUGAGUGGAGAAGCCUGGAACCUCCUAUUUGACAGAAAGACUGCAUUUACUUCUAAGAAAGACUACGGGAAAGAAGACCGGGCGGCCAAGUGGGUUCUUUCUCAGAGGAGCCUACAGGGCUUGAUGGCUGCAGACUUGGAUUUCAACAGCAGAAGAUCGAUAUCUUCUUUGAUAGCCGAUCAGGCCAGGCGACGAGCUGAAAUAGCCAGACUCGGGGAGCUGCACACUUUAAGAGGUCAUGUAGAAUCAGUUAUGAGGCUUAAGAAUUUGGAUUUAAAUGCGAUUAAAUCGGCUCAUACGGUCUAGACAAUGAACGCGAACAUCGUAUUUUCCGGUAUUCUACCAAAGAUAAAGCCAGCAGCAGUUGCUGAUAUAAGCAUUGCUAGUUUAACAUAUAGAACAGGCGCCUGUCUUGAAGUUUCAAUAUUCUUCUUUGCAUUUGCAGAAAUUUUUGCAAUAUUUAGUAAAAUCCCAAAACAAUAAGCUACUUGAAAGAGUUGAAUUCUUUUCUUUGAUGA